AUGAGGACCCUGCUACUUACAACCGUGCUGCUGGUGCUGCUCUGUAGCACACAAGGUGAGCAAACUUAAUAAAUAUAGACUGGUUUAUAAAUACGUUUCUUUGAAAUCACUGCAAUGAUAGGUGCAAGUCUUGGUUGAGGUGUGCUUUAAAAAAAGAUAUAUAUUUCAGGUCCAGGGCAAAAUGAUUGAUAUGUAGCCUAUGUUGCAUUAUGUUGUUGAACUAUGUUUGUCAGUGAAGGAUCUUCAGUAACUUAGUAAAGGAAUGAAAAUACUCACCCUCCUCUUCAUAGACUUACAACUAACUUUCUCAUAACCAAUUAAUUUAUUUCAUAAGCUAAUGAUGAUCCACACUUUAAGAAUCCUAUCAUCACUUCUGCUCUAAAUGUCAAUUUCUCCACAGUGCUCACACUCAGGUGCUACACCUGUGAUGAGGCUGAUGCUGACUGCAAGCAAGAGACAGAAUGUCCACCAUCGAGCAUGUACUGCAGAACUGUGGUGACUGGUAAAUAUUCCACUUGUCUUCUUUCAUUCAGGUCUUUCAAUCUCUAUCAAUAAUAUGUAUGUAUUAUUAAUCAACUGAGUGCAAUAAUCAUCUGUAAAUUGCUCAAACAUUUUCUACUUCCUUAUUUUCCUUCACAGCGGACACAGUGACUCGUACCUGUGAGGAGAUAUGUGCCUCGGGUGUCAACGUCUAUUGUUGCCAGGGAGACCUGUGUGAGAACUGA